ACCAUAAUCCUGUUUCCUGAUAGCUUUAUCUUUCAACAUUUGCUGAGUUUUUGGGAAAUCAUGAUUGGUUAUUUGGUGCUUGAUGUCAUCUUCGGAGCGUUCACCCGAUGGCUGAAUACCAUGGAGCAGCUUGUGCGGUCGGAGGAAAUUUUGCAUAAAGCUAUGGUAACUCUUUUACAGCUCAUGAUUAGUUUUCUAUAAGGUGGAAAUUUUGCAUAAAGCUAUGGUAACUUUAUUUGCAAUGUUUCCAGUUUAUGAUGUAGCAAGACGAGACACGUUUACAAAUCUUGCGGAUAUAAGGGCUAAGGAAAUCGAGCUCUACUCAACUAAUCAAGAUUGCAUCAAGAUGCUUGUUGGAAACAAAGUUGAUAAGGAAAGUGGAAGGGUUGCCACAAAGAAAGAGGGAAUUGAUUUUGCUCAGGAGUAUGGAUGUCUUUUCCUUGAAUGUAGUGCAAAAACUCGAAUUUAUGUACAGCAGUGUUUUGAAGAGCUUGUUUUAAAGGUGCAUGCUCUGUCAACACUUAUUUUUAUUUUAUUUCAGGAUGAUCAUGUGGACAUGGAAGAGUGGUCUGAUGAAUCGAUUUCCGUCAGAAAAACUGCAUAA